ACAUGGCAAGAACGUUCCACUGCCAAACUUUCCAUUAAAACCAUAUGAUCGAAUUUAGAUAGGGCACGGCAAAUGACGCUCUGCCCGUCGUCCAAACCACCGGAUGCCAAGUUCCCGCAGUCUUUACGCACGGAGAGCGCACGGAGAGUUUGCAAGCACGCAUGGGGAUCCCUCCCACUCAGGCUGUGCGUGGCCUCCUCGCCCCGGCCGGCAGUUCCGAGACUCAGACAAACCUACCCGAUCCCCUAUUUCCCUCUCUCUACCUUUCCUCUGAAGAAAACACCCGGCAUUACGUCAGAAAGUGCUGGGCAAGCAAGACCGCGUCUUAGGAGCUAAUCGUAGGGCAUUGCUGCCAAACCCGGCUUCGGGCUGCUCACGCGCUCACUGCAGCCAAUGCAAUUCACUAAUGCAACUCUUUUAAAUCAGCACAAGUAUGUGGUAAGUCACUUCUUUAUUUAUACUGUUUUAUUUCAUCUCUUGGAUUUUUUUUUCUUCUUCUAAAAGCUCUCCUCACAUGACAAGUCACCGUUACAGGCACAAUUGCGCAGCAACUACAGUGCCGGCAGUGUAACGACUGUUUUACCCCUCACCAGAAAAGACCAUGACAUGAUGAAGCAACAAAUAUUUUUACGCACACAGAUUUCUGCAGAUUUUUUUUGUAUUUGAUUCUUUGCUGAUCUCAAAGACAACAUGCCCCACGCUCGAAAUAGGAACCCUAGCCCCACCCCAGAGGUAACAUGGGACACGGGGCUGAAGGAGAUGAACGAGACCUGGAAAGGAGCUAUUGCCUGUCUCGGGGUUGCCAUCUUCUUUGUCAUGACCAUCGGGAUCAUAUAUUGGCAGGUGGUGGACCAGCCCAACAAGAACUGGAUCCUCAGAGGGACAUUUAGCGGAUUGAUCUGGGAGAGAAGAACCCGCUCGCUUGUCAUACAGACCCUGACGGAGGACAAGACCUUUGUGGAAAUAGACGUCGGAAAUGUGGGGAACCCCGAAAUCGAGGUUUCCUUCGUGAGGAAUCUGUGCUGGUUGAAUAAAACGGAGUUCUGCUAUACGUGGGACUCGGUGGCCGAGGUGAAAAUCUCGCUGGAGGUGGAUGAGGAGACGGAGACGGAGUGUUACAGUAUGACUUGGACGCCGGUGCACUGCCAUGUGGAGCUGAAGGACUGCUUCUCCAUGACCAACGUGUCUUGGUACGGCGGGGCCGGCGUCCGGGGCCAGACGUGGCCGAUCAACGAUCAAAACGCCACCACGCAGCCCUUCACCGUGAGCGACCUUAAGGACAACCCCUCCGGCUUUGGCUCUGCCCUGGAACGCUACUUCCUGGGCUCCUCGGGCGUUGCCGUGUUCGUGUCCCCUGAUGUCCCCCUGCAGCUGGGGAUGGACAGCAGACAGCAGUUCUGCCUGCAGUCGCUGCCCAGCUUGGAGCGUCUUCCCCUGCAGUACACCGUGUGCGUGGCCCGCAAUGUGAAAGCUGCUCACCAGGAAGCAGCGCAACAACUCUCCCACCAUGGCAGGGAGCUGCCCAACCUGGACGUGUUGUGGCUGCCGUUCUGGAAGCUGCUGGCGUACAUGGAUUCGGGGCCGAAGGUGGAGAGGGAGCUGAGGACCUUCUCUAAUCGUCUGAGGAGACACCAGCUCGGGGAGGGAGUCAUCAGCCUCAGUGAACAUUCCACCACCCUCCUCUCCGACAUAGACCACGACUACCUCAAAAGCAGGAAAAGGGGGAUGACCAAGAGACUGACCAGGGACCUGCCACUUGUCAAGCUUCUCAACAUUUCCAUCACCCUGUCCCCGUUCCUGGGCGUGGACACCACACAGUUCCACGCCUCCCUCGUGGACGGCACGGAGGCCUACUGGCUCAGUCUCCCCUCGGCGCCUCAGGGACACCUGAUCCCCGUGAUGAGCCGCUGGCGAGGAAGGUUCUGCGUCAAGCUGAACGUCACCAACCCGGGAGCGGUGAGCUGGUUCCUGGACAGGGUGGGAGCCCUGCAGGCCCAUUUGGGGAUGGAGUACAUCAUGCUGGAGGGGGGCGAAGGGAAUCUGUUUGAGGAACAAGUGCUGCGUCCGCCGCAGACUCUCGGGGGCGACAACUACUUCGGCUUGCUGGCCGACCUGGCCACACGGAUGGGAGACUCCACCAUCGUGACGGCGGGGACGCGGUCAAACCACAAGCCCCUGUUUGUGAGGAUGACCCCCAUGCAGUCCGACUGGAGCCCGAUGGGCCUGAAGGGCAUCAUUCCCUCCCUGCUGCACCACACUCUGCUGGGAUACAACUUCCUCAUUCCUGAUGCAGUAGGUGGCUCUCUGUCUGGAAACCUCUUGACAGACGAGGAGUUGUUCAUUCGUUGGCUGGAGAUCGCUGCUUUUCUCCCUGUUAUCAGCUUCCACACGCCUCCCUGGAUCUACAACGAGGACUGGGUGUUGAACCUGACGCGGGCCUACAUAGCGAAGCACCAGAGUGACGUGGUCCCGCUGAUAGAAAAGUACGCGGAGGAGUGGCGGGCGACGAGAAGCCCCAUCUACCGGCCCAUGUGGUGGCUCAGUCCCAGUGAUCCCGUGACCUUCACCAUCGACGACCAGUUCCUCAUCGGAGACGAGGUCCUGGUGGCGCCCGUGGUGGAGAAGGGGGCAGUGCAGAGGGAUAUUUAUUUACCCGACGGGGGCUUCCAGUGGCAGGACAGCCAGAACGCUCAGGUGUUCGAUGGGGGGACGUUCCUUCAUGACUACCCCGUGCCCUUGGAGGAGGUGGCUGUUUUCUUACGGAGAAGCUGAGUCUCGUGACUGAUCCGCCGGUCGCCCCGACUCGUCCCGUCACGGUUUUCAGCUCUGUUUUAUUUCGUUUUUGCUGUCGUGCUGUUGUCAAAUUGCACUUUUCCACUAAAGACCAUUGACCCUGUCUCAAGGCUUGAGAUGAUAUGUAGAGAGAUGGGGGGGUUUUAUACUUGCACUUUACAGUUCAAAAUUAUUAUUUUUUUUCUUCUUCUUUCUGUCAACAUGUCAAAAAAGAAAAAAGAUCAGUUUUUACCUCUAGGCUGAUUUGUUUCUGGACUUUGUAUGUAAGUUCUGGAGAAAUCUCUGCGUUUACAUACUGCAUUUCUACAGUCUUUACACUUUGGCCCGCUGCUGGCUCUCUUGAUGAGGAGGAACAAAGCAAGCUUCCCGUUGCUUACAACGAAUCCCUCAAGGAGACCAAAUCACACAGAGAGCUCCGUAUGGAACCCCCCCCGCGGGGCGCCGUGCGCUCGUUUCUCACUCAUCAGAGAGGCUUUUACUUGAACUGAUGUUUAAUGAAUGUACCUCGUGUGGAUUUUUCACUGCUCUACCGUCAUCAGACACAACAAACUAUCCCCCCGAGCACUUAUUCUUUGAAGAGUUUAGCUUAAUUUAUCAUAUGUUUGUUGGAAAAUCCAGUGUUCUUUAGUACUGUAGGCCAGAUGAUCCAAUGUAAUUGGUACUCUGGUUAUUUGUUUGAAUUUAGAUUAGACUUUUUUUAAUGGGCUGCACAUUUCUUUUUUCUUUUCUUUUUUACCAAGUCUGUCUAAUGAUGAGUUAAUAUGGUCUAAAUUAAGUUCUGAAGAAAGCCUUGUAGACAACGCCACGGAUCAAAAUGAGACUUUUGAUGCAUAGUUUGACACACAGAGAAACUCACUUGUUUGCUUUCCUGCAGAGUCACAUCGGUAGACGUUAAGCGCAGGGAGCAGAGCUAACAAAAUCAUACUCAAUAAUUAAAAGCUUGUAUCUCCUUUCUUUAAUGCAUAUAAAAAAACAAUAGCAACUAGAAGGGGGUAAGAGAUGGACUAUUUUCCAGGUUUUAUGCUGUCAACCAAGAGUUUCUAUUCAUCAUAGAAAUUAAUCAUUGAAUAAAAGGACUCAGGGCUGUAGUGUCUACUUCACAUUAACCUUGAUAUGCAGUCACAUUUGCAUCUAUCGCUGGCCUCCAGUAGGAUUACUUCUUGAAAAUAUUAUUUUAUUCAUGCUUUAAGCUAACUGUAAAUUAGAUAACUGCUUUAAUUUAAGAGUAAAUUAAAAACUCCUUUUGCACCAUGAUGCCUUGCUCUAUGUAGAGUUAAAUAGUUGGCUUUUCUUUAUGGAUUUGCUCUUCACCAGAUUAAUCUCAACUGGCCAGCAGUGAUGAUGCAGAUCCUGAAACCGUAGUGAAUGCUUUACCACUAAACUGUGUAAUAUUGAUCCAACAUGUUCACUGUAUCAACUUGAACACUCAGGUACACUGAAGCUUAUCAAAUCACCAAAUGUCUUAGUGCAACACGGUAUGUUGUAAACACAUCUACGUCUUAAUCUCUCCCAAAACUGAAUGUACAAUAGAAAAACUGUGAUUUCACAACCGAGCCCUUCACGCGAGGAGCUUUUCUAAAUCCUGGUCAAAUGCUUUGAAUUCAUGCUGUUCUUAUGUUCACUUACAAGUUGCAGGAAAAAUAACUUCGAUGUGUUAUUCCUUCCCUCCACAGACUGAGCGAAUCACGCUCCUUCAUAUGCCGCUCUUAAAUCCGGACUACACGCAUGUCUGGAUUAUUGCAGUAUCCGCAAUGUACAUAUUACGAUGACUGUGCCAUUACAAGUGUUUUUUUCUCAUCUGUAAAUCAGAGAACUUAGAAUGACAAAGUUGCAAUAAAGUUUACAUUUUCUUACUUCA